AGCGGGGGAAGGGGGGCAGUGUUGUAGGAGGGGAUCUCGUGCUUCGCCUUUAUGAACGUUAUGUCCUUCCGGCGUCGCCGUAGCUUCUAUUCAAGGCAACCCUCGGUCUCAGACAGAGGGUCCAUGCCGGAACCACGCCGGCCGGCCGGGCGGAUGUGCGGGGUUAGAGGUCAUCGGUACCGACCGCUGCUCCGGAACCUGUUCUGUUUUGCCGCUGCUCCACGCGGCAGCUUAUACGGAGGCGCCUGGGGACGGAGAUGGCGGGCAGCAAGGGGCCCGUGGCCCUGCAGUGCUGGGAGCGCUUCGGCUCCGGGAGCCCCCGCAGCUGCACCGUAGCCCCCGAUGGGAGCCUGAGCUGGGAGGCCGGGGGCGGGCCCGGGCAAGGCCUGCGAGCCGCUCUCACGGCCGUGUUCCUGCCUCAUGGCUUCCCUGACAGCGUCAGCCCUGAUUACCUGCCUUACCAGCUGUGGGACACAGUGCAGGCUUUUGCCUCCAGCCUCACAGGCUCCUUGGCGACCCAAGCUGUCCUUCAAGGGGUAGGGGUGGGGGAUGCGACUGCUUCUGUCUCAGCUGCCACCAUCACUUGGCUCUUAAAAGAUGGAACUGGCAUGCUGGGGCGAAUUGGUUUUGCCUGGUUGAUGGGGAGCAGACUGGAUUGUGAAGCCAAAAAAUGGAGGCUCUUUGCUGAUGUUCUCAAUGAUGCAGCCAUGUUCCUAGAGAUUGUGGCCCCAGCAUUCCCAUCCUGCUUUACUCUCAUUGUUUGUGUCAGCAGCUUGGCCAAGUGCAUUGUGGGAGUAGCAGGAGGAGCCACACGGGCAGCCCUGACCAUGCACCAGGCCAGGAGAGACAACAUGGCUGAUGUGUCAGCCAAAGAUGGAAGCCAGGAGACUCUAGUGAACUUGGCAGGGCUCCUGGUCAGUCUUUUACUUCUUCCUCUGCUGUCUGAACGGCCAAGUCUCAGUCUUGCUGCCUUCUUCCUUUUCACCAUCCUCCAUCUCUAUGCCAACUUCCGAGCAGUUCGGGCUGUCAUCAUGGAAACGUUCAAUGAAGCUCGACUUUACCUUGUCCUAAAGCACUUCAUUCAGCGGGGAAAGGUCUUAACACCCCCCUUAGCCAAUCGUAUGGAACCACUGUGGACAGGUUGCCACCCUACCCUGUCUCUGUCCCUGGGUGUACCCCUGCACAGCCUGGUCUCAAGUGCCUCUGAACUGCAGCAGGUGAGUGAGGGGCACCGACAACCCUACCUCCUUCGCUGGGACCGUUGCCAAGGCCAGAUACAGGUGACUUUGGGCCAGGAAGUAAGUGCUGGAGUCAUUCUGAGGGCAGCAACACAUGGACUUUUGCUGGCAGCACUAUUGGAGGAUGUACCUCUUACAGAAGAGCUGGAGACCCUGAGGGCCAGAUCAGGGCAGGUGAGAGCUGAGGCCCCUGAAGGAGACAGUUGGACCAUUGUCAAAGAGACUUACCAGAUCCUUGAUAGGCUCUACCCCAAGUUCUUGAAAGAGCUGCAAGCUGUAGGCUGGGAGACAGAGCACCAUCUGUUGGAGGUGGACGAAUGGCGAGCUGCAUGGUCCGUGGGCGAGAAGAAGACUUUGUGA